AUGGCCGAGGAUAUCACCUCAAAGACAGUCGCAGAAAGCAGCUCAACCGGAUUGGUGAGAGACGAAACGAGGACAACAGUUCCUUUGACCAGACGCAGAAAAGCUGCAAGACAAGGUGACAGUGCUGGCUAUAAGGGAGACGACGAGGACGAUGAUUAUCGCAUGUCUGUGAGAAGAGAUGCUGAAGAGAGCAAUAGACCACCUAGACGUGUCAAGUCAAAAGAGCAAGCUGCGUUCAUGUCCAAGGAUGACUUGGUGUUCAUUCAUACGCUGCCAAAACGGAUGCGAAGACAGAAGAAACCCAUCCAGACACCAGAGACAGCUUCAAGAGGACGCGCUGAUAUCUCUGCCACCUUUGGGGCAUGUGGGUCAUCCGACAAUUGUACUAGCACUCCAGAUUCAGUGGGUGAUGUUCAGAACACGGGUGCCACUCACCGUCCAUCGGAUGCCCUUCCUCUAAAUCCCAUGAGCUCUAGAAAAUCCAGGGAUCAAAACCCAACGUAUAACCAAGGCACCCUUAAUCCCAACACUUGUAACUCCAAUCCGAUGUAUCCACAAAGCACACCUAAUGUUCACCCGGAACCGGCCUUCGGUCAGGACAAACCCUGCAAUUCCAUGAGCUCUGAAAACACCCGCGAUGCCAACGAAGACACCCAAGACCUAACCUCGCAAAACCAGAAGCAGACGUAUCCACAACACGUAAUGCAGCAGCUGAAUGCCCACACUGAACCCUCCUUAGAUGAAGACAAUCCCAGUAUUCAGGGGGUAGCAACAGGAAAUCGUGAAGAUGAUGAAGCCGCCUCUAGCCCAGUUGCAGGUGAUGGCGACCCCACAUGCCAACCGUAUGCCGUUAGAUACCGGGAAGAGGACGAUCCUAUCGAUAUUACACCUUACGCUGUUGCCUAUAUGCGCCAAGAUGAAGGCGAACAGACGGACACAAACACGAACACGCAUCCAAGCAGCUGCAACGAUUCAGACGUUUCGGUUAUUGCCAUGCAGGCACCCGCGCCAAGCUGGCUGAACCCGAAUCCAAUGUACCAACAGAACGCAUUGAACCCGAAUCCGAUGUACGGACAAAACACUGGCAAUCCGAAUCCACCUGUACCAAACGCUGGUCAAGAGGCAGAUUGUGUGUGUACAUCUAGCUGGGUUUGCACUGCCCUGACCAUUGCCAUCGUUCUGGUGUUACUGAUCGUCGGUGGGGCCUUUGUCGGGAUGUACCUCAGCACCAGCGAACAGGAUAGUCAAAAGCCGACAAAAUCUGUGGACACUGACCGCACCCCUGGUCACCAUGCUGUGAACUCUCCCUCCACCGCUGGUCAGCCUGAUAUGGACUCUCCCUCCACCCCUGGUCACCAUGCUGUGGACUCUCCCUCCACCCCUGGUCACCCUGAUAUGGACUCUCCCUCCACCCCUGGUCACCCUGAUAUGGACUCUCCCUCCACCCCUGGUCACCCUGAUAUGGACUCUCCCUCCACCCCUGGUCACCCUGCUGUGGACUCUCCCUCCACCCCUGGUCAGCCUGCUGUGGACUCUCCCUCCACCCCUGGUCACCCUGACUGCUGCAUCUCUGAUGAGAGGACCACAAUGGCCGAUUUCUUGUCCAAACCCACGGUGCAUUCUGCAGAUGGGCAGACAACAACCAUUGCCUCCACCAGCCCACAGGGUGUCGUACCGCCAUCAACCUCCGUCAGCUCGCAAGAUGACUACGUCAACUUGAAGCCAAUCGUGUUCGGUGGGGGAGGAACGUCACGUGGAAAACUUGGCAGUUCGAGCGGGGUGGCCGUGUCUGCUGAUAAUGAGAUAUUUGUCGCUGAAUGGAGCAACCAACGCGUCCAAGUCUUCAACAUGAACGGCGAUUCCCUCCGACUUUUUAAAACAGUUGUGCCGGGGGAAGAUGGCAGAGCUAUGUACCCUACCGGUUUGGACAUUGACAAAGACGGCCGUAUCUGGGUGGUGGGGAAAAAAUUCUUUGCCGGCCGUGCUGUGCAGGUGGUACAGUACAGUAAAGACGGCCUGCCGGUGUCCACGUUUGACGUGCCACGAGAAGUUUGGUGUCCCAGAAUUUCUGUGAACGCGCGCGAUAACAGUAAAAUCGUGCUAACACCUAAUGAGAUCUUGAUGUUCAAACCAAACGGCUCCUUUGCUGGAAGUUUCGGCAAGCAAGAAGGCGCCCAACUGCAGUACGCCACAACAGACAAGGACGGGAAUAUUCUUGUUACGGACAUUUCUCGUUCCCGCGUCCAUGUGUACGAUCACAACGGACAGUACUCAUUCUCGUUCGACACUGUGAGAGUCAGUAAAGGCAUUCCUCGAGGUAUCUGUACCGACCCUCUUGGUCACAUCUUCGUCGCUGACUCGGCAAACGUGCGAGUGGACAUGUUCACAAGCCGCGGGGAGUUUGUCCGCACCGUUGUGAACGUUACAAACCCGCGGGCUGUUGCUGUGGGGCCGGGUGGACAGUUGGUGGUGACUGACGCAGUUUCUGUCGCGACAAUCUUUCCACGACAGAUGGUAUUUCCGGAUGAGUAGGCAUAGUAGGAGUCUGUCGUGUAGAAAGUACAGGACUAUUGACAUAUGUACUCUUCUUUCAGACGAAUGUAUUAUUAGAAAUAGCCAACACUAGUACUAGAGUAGAAUACUGUUCAUAACUGUCCAUUGUCACUUGUAUAUCUACUAUGUUUAUACCAUGUAUUUGCAUUUAGCCCUCGGGCACGAACUUGCAAAUAAACUUCUUAUUAACAAUUUGUGAUUACCCAAUGCUCUUUAGGUUUACAAUCCAUACAAUUUAAAUGGUGCGUUCUGUAUAUGUAACAAGCCUACCGUGUAAUUCUGUACUAGUGGCUGUGCGAUUUUCUUAGUGUCUAAGAUUGUAUACAAAUCCCAUUAUCAAUAUCAUUAAUAUUAUUAUAGUCAUUAUUAUUAUUAUCAAUAUGUUUGAAGAUAUCAGUUAUACAUGACAAAGUAGCAGGUGCAGGUAACAUUCUAUCUGAAGCCUUUUAAUUUUUAAUUUUAUCAACGUGAUAAAAUGGCGUACAGAUGAGGAAUCGUGAAGAGUUCUCGUAGUUGUGAAAAUGGAACCUUCCCCACCUCCUCGCGAGUAAUUGAUUGCUUAAUAUAUAUUCUUUGUUGCUUCGUUGCUAUUAUUUCCG